UCUCUUCCUCUCACUUUGGCUUCAAUAUUUUUAUCAAUUACUCUUUCACUUUCACCAACACCGCAUUACCUCUCUCUCCUUCUGCCUCUCUAACGUGCGCCGGUAAAGUAAAAACAACUUUUAUUCAACAACACAGCUUCUUCUUUCUUCUCCCCCCUCUGUUCUUCCCUAAUUCCGGUGAUACUUGUUCCACUAAAAAAGACCCGUCUUUUUAACCCUUUACAUUCCCUUGUCAUCUACUAAUGUUUUUUCAUCUUCAUAAUCAGAAGUGUAUCGUAUCAGAAGGCCAACAAAGAGUCCUUUAAAAACCAAAAGAUCCUGGAAUUCAGGGGUGGAAGGAAAAGGUUGAAGCUUGAGCUCAAAGACCAACCUUUUAUAAAAAAGAAACUAUUACAAUGGUUAUGCUGCUUCUCUUGCUGCUAACGUGCGCCGCAGUUCCAUUGGGUUCAUCAGAUCCAAACGACGAGGCGUGUUUGACUCACCUGAGCCAGACUUUGAGAGACCCAUUAAAGAACCUGAGGAACUGGACUAAGUCGACCUUCGCAAACCCUUGUAGCGGAUUCACGUCUUAUCUGCCUGGUGCCACUUGUAACAAUGGCCGAAUCUACAAGCUUUCCCUCCCCAACCUCUUCCUCCAGGGUUCCAUCUCACCUUUCCUUUCCAACUGUACUAAUCUCCAGUCGCUCGACUUGUCUUCAAACUCUAUCUCAGGACCCAUCCCCCAAGAUUUUCAAUACCUGGUCAACCUGGCAGUGUUGAAUCUAUCGGCGAAUCGUCUUGAAGGAGAGAUCCCACCACAGAUUACAUUUUGUGCUUAUUUAAACGUCAUCGAUCUUCAUGACAAUUUGCUCACCGGUCAGAUUCCUCAACAGUUAGGCCUUCUAGCUCGUUUAUCGGCUUUCGAUGUGUCUUACAACAAGCUGUCGGGGCCAAUACCGGCCUCUUUAGGAAACAGGAGCGGAAUUUUGCCCAAGUUCAAUGCCACUUCUUUUGAAGGAAAUAAGGAUCUUUAUGGAUACCCUCUGGCACCGAUGAAAAGCAAAGGAUUAUCUGUUCUAGCCAUUGUUGGAAUCGGAUUGGGAAGUGGACUUGCUAGUUUGGUGCUUAGUUUCACUGGAGUUUGUAUUUGGUUGAAGAUUACAGAGGAAAAGAUGGCUGCCGAAGAAGGGAAAGUUAGUCAACUCAUGCCCGAUUAUUGAAACCCUUCAAUCUGGGAUUAACAUGUUUAUUGAAGAUCACCGAGUUAAAAUGAAAAGCCCGAAAAAUUUUACAGGUAUGUAUUAUUUAGAGUUCUCUCCUUUUUGGAGAGGUUUUCUGGGUAGCUUUUAUUUCAUAAUCUUCUUUUAGGUGAUAUAAUAUUUAUUUUCAACAAUCAUCAUCAACAAUGUAUAAAGCAAUUC